AUGUCUGCUAAGCCAAUGGAAGAGCACAUAGAAUUCAACACGGAGAUACUUUCUCCCAUGCGCACCACAGAGAGUGUCAUGUUUCCCAUUCCCCGGGAUACUUUUGAGAAGCUCUACCUGACUCCCAAGAUGCCUAUUGCAGGAAACCUGCGGCGGACUUUUCGUAACCCAACCCCCAUAUCACUGAUGGGCUUCUUAGUGUCUGCUACUCCUAAUGCAAUGCUUCACAUGGGUUGGAGGGGCGCUGGUGGAGACGGAGGGGCCAUCCUCCCAGCGUACAUCUUUUUCGGUGGCAUAAUUCAGGUCAUCGGUGCAAUUGGAGAGUGGAUACUUGGAAAUACGUUCUCAUGUGCUGUUUUUUUCACAUACGGUGAGCCUUACCAUUCCGAGAGGGAAUCAGAUGCUAUUGGGUACGUAACAGGAGCAUUCUGGCUCGCCCAAGGAGCCUCCAUGAUACCAUUCUUUGCAGUGGGUGCCAAAUAUUCCUCCACGGGAAGCAGCUUGGAGGGUGUAGAGACAACAGGAUACCAUGCAACUGCAGGUAAGUCGCGCUUCAAGGCGAAGGGAUCAAGAUUUUUCUAUUGA